AGCCAUCUCUCCCCAGUUCAAUCCCCAUUGAACAUCACCCACCUCUCAAUCCACACAAUGUUCCAACCUCGUCUUCUAGCGCCCCUCCGGGCUCUAGAAAGGGGACUUACCAGAGCCCCCACGGCCGCCAUCCGCAACAACAACAGCACCUCCUCGCUCCUCCGCAACACCUCCUCCAUCCUCUCCGCAACCAGCAACAGCGGCAUAUUAACACAAUCCAAGCUCACCCCGCUAGCAUCUCCAACAUUACACCAAUUUCUCCAAGUCCGACACGCCUCCCACGCCUCCCAAGGAACCGCGAACCGUCACUCCCGCGACCCGGCGGGCAAGCGUCUCGGCGCGAAACGCACAGCCGGUGAAUACGUCGUUCCCGGAUGCAUCAUCUUCCGGCAACGAGGCACCAAAUGGUUCCCUGGUGAGAACUGCGCCAUGGGCCGUGACCAUACCAUCUACGCUGCUGAGGCCGGGUAUGUGCGGUACUACCUGGAUCCCGAGCGUCAUCCGGAUCGGAAGUACAUUGGAGUUGUGUUUGAGAAGGAUGGGAAGUUGCCGACGCCGAAGAAUGCGCCGACUAGGAGGAAGUUGAACCGUGUGGCAGUUCGUUUUGAGCCUGAGGAGGAGGUGGCUGCCAAGCAGGGCGAUUUGGUGGCUAAGAUUGGAGAGGACGGGACACAGGUUGGCAGUGCUACGAAGGUUGAGGCUGCUCAGGCUGCCGUUCAGUUGCGUCCUGGUUAUAUGUACCGUGAGGCCAACUGGAGUAUUGGUCGUGCUGCGGAGAAGGCUGGCAUUACGGCUAAGCCGUAUAACCGCAAGAACCGCUGGUUGGCGUGGAGGAAGAGGACUGCUAAGGCUGAUCGGUUGGCACAGAUGAAGAGUCUGAAGAACAAGAAGAAGAAGAAGGGUGGAAAAUAGAUGAUUUGAUGGGGGGAUCAUGUCGGUGAAGGGUUGACUGCGUGUGUGUGAUAUAUUAGUUCUGGUUCUAGGGUUUCUUUUUGUGUCUGUCUACCUAUAUGUAUGUAUGUAUUAUAAGACGUUUGAAUGGGCUGCAAUUACUAUUUCUUUUCUCUUUAUUAAGAAAGAAGAACGAACUGAUGCUUUAACAGAGUAGCAGACUCCAGGGUAUAUUGCUAUCAGUAUCAGUCUCGCGAACACACUUAUUG